CAAAAUUUCUGAAACUUCGUUUAAAACAAAUUUCGUAUUUAUUUUUGUGUGUUUUUGUUAAAGUAUUUUGUAAAAAUAUUGUGUUUUUAUAUUUAAAGAACAAUAUGGAUAAACCAUCCUGUAUGACCAAAGAUUUUUUAGAAAAAUUAGAAGAAUCCUUCAAGAAAUUCAAGGAUUUAUUAAAUAAAGAGCUCGAUUGUAGUGUAGAGUGCAUAGAUAAUGGAUUGAAAAAGGAUUUUUUGGAUAACGCCUCCAAGGCAAGCAGUGGUUAUGAUGACGAAGAAUUCAAUGAUGAUGAACAUGGGGAGGUAGCAGAGACUACACGUCAUAUAUCGCUUAAUGAGGAUGAAGAAGAUGAAGACAUUUUAGUAAUAUCGGACGAUGAAGAUUACAAUGAAAUUUGGGAAAUAGAUUCAGAAUCCUCGAAUGAUGAAGCUUACAGAGAAGAAGAGCCUUGUAGUUCUUGCAUGCAAAAUAAACAAAAGUUAACAUUUUUUAAAAUUCUAAAAACUCUACCCUGGUAUCCACCCAGUGAAGAAAUAAAACUUGCUAAAGAUGUAAAUUUUACGGCAAAAUCUUUACAAGAAAAUCAUCCAGAAGUUAUUAAGACAUUUAUCAAAGAUUCCAAACUGCACCAAGACAAUAUACACACUGUUUAUAAAAUGAUGUUGGAAAUCGAAGAUAUAACCUCCAUGUCAGAAUAUCCACCAUUGGCACAAAAAGAUGUAAUUUUGAAUUGCACUGGAAUGGCCAGAGAAUAUUGGAUAAGUUUGAAAGAUUGUCCUAACAUAGAUGAUGUGGUAGCACCCUUUAUGGAUGAAGUGGUUUUAGUGCCUAAAGCUAGUAGUGCCCUUGCCGAAGUUGUGCCUUUAAAACACACGACUGAUCUUUUACUAAAGCAUGAACAUGAAAGUGAUACAUAUGACGAUAUGUAUCGUCGUCGUAUUGCCACUGUAAGGGACAUAUCAAAAGAACGUGCCUCUUUUCGUUUUAGCAGGGAGGAGCACUUGACCGCACGUCAGGUGGCUUCUUUAGUAAACACUAAAUACGAUAUUAUAUUUCGACCGCGUCGCUAUCCUUUACGUUAUCAACAUCGUGCUUUAGAAUUGUUAGAAACUAGUGAUGAGAUACGUCAUUAUUUAUUUCCCAAAGAGAAUCCUUAUAAAGACUUACAUUUUCAACCUCAAUUAAAAUUUGACUUAUUCAACCCCACUAUAGCUACAAAUCCCGAACAAUUAGAGGCCGUACACUAUAUAACCGAGGGGCCUAAUUCUCAUGCUCCGUUUGUGAUUUUUGGUCCACCAGGCACCGGUAAAACAACCACUACCGUUGAAUCCAUAUUACAAUUACGACUUCAUCAUCCCCGAAGUCGCAUACUUGUUACGGCCGGUUCAAAUUCAGCUUGUGAUACAAUUGCCUUACGAAUAUGCAAAUAUUUUAAGAGCAAUCCUCGUCUACAACAGUUGGAAAUGAGAGAUCCUGAAAAUCAAAAAUCCCUCAUAAGAAUUUACUCGAAAAGUAUUAUUGAAAAAGGCAUACAAUUACUCGAUUCGGAAUUGCUGGAAAAUUCAAAUUGUAAAAAUGGCCUUCAUCAUUAUCCUUCGGUUAAGGAAAUCCGUCAGUAUGGCAUUAUUGUGGCCACUCUAUGUACGGUGGGCAAAUUGGUAACAGGCGAUGUGGGGGAAAUGAAUUUUUUUACUCAUAUCUUUAUGGAUGAAGCUGGUGCUUCCACAGAACCCGAGGCAUUAGUUGGUAUAAUGGGUAUUAAAUCUCAUUCGAAUUGUCGUGUCAUUCUCUCAGGUGAUCACAAACAAUUAGGACCGAUUUUAAGAUCAGAACGUGCUGCCCAGCUGGGUCUGGAGCGUUCUUUAAUGGAACGUUUAUUAUCGAGAGAUUGUUAUGGCUUGGAUGAUAACAGUAAUUAUGAUCGUUCAUUGCAGGCUCGUUUGAAGCGUAAUUAUCGUUCUCAUCCUGAAAUCGUAAGACUUUAUAAUCAUUUGUAUUAUAACGAUGAGUUAAUUGCUGAAGCUAAACUCGAGGAUGUCAAUCAUGCCGCCAAUUGGUGUAAAUUACCAAAUCCUAAUUUUCCCAUUAUAUUCCAAGCAGUACAUGGUGUCACCGAAAAAGAUACUCUAACACCCAGUUCAUGUAAUAAUUUAGAAAUACAAGUGUUAAUGUGGUUCCUACAACGUCUGCUUGUUGAUGGCAUAAAUGGUCAAAAAGUCCAACAAACCGAUAUUGGUAUUAUAACACCCUAUCGAUUACAAAAUAAACGUAUACAGAAUCGUCUAAGUGAACGUGGUUGGUGUGGUGUAGAAAGUGGUUCUGUGGAAACAUUUCAAGGUAGAGAAAAACAAAUUAUAAUUGUAUCUCUGGUGAGAUCAUUUGCAGGUCUGGGAUUUGUGCGCAACCCCAAGCGUUUAAAUGUUAUACUAUCCCGACCCAAAUCCUUACUUAUUUUAAUGGGAAAUCCUUUGACCUUAAGACGUCAUGCUGAUUUUGCUUUUAUCAUGGAUGAAUGUAAAAAACAUGGUACAUUUUUGCGUAAAAAGAAAACUCGUAAACCUAAAACGAAUUUACCACGAAAAUCAGUCUCCUUAUUAAAUCUUUCAUCUUUAACUUUAACUAAAACAACAAACGCUGCUACCACAAAUAAAAAUUUGUUGGUUUUAUAAUCAUUUUACUAUUCGUACUUUAUAUAUUUUUUUGUUACAGCUAAGCAUAUUUCACCUACAGGAUAUAUAUUUCAUACAUUUAUUUUUUACUUUUAUGUUCAAUUUUCAUCCAUAUAUUUAUUUGUUCUAUUUAAGUCUUUAGUUUAUUAAUUUAUUUCGUAUUUAACUGUAUUAACUAUGUAUUUCCAUAUAUCUUAUUUAUAUUUAGUGUAUUAAUUUAUGUAUGUUUAUUUCUUGCUUACGUUCCUUUUAUGCAUUUGUGUUACCAAAGUAUGACUUCAUAUAUUUUUCUUUAGAUUUAUGUCUGAAAUAAAAAAAUAUUCAUAGAAUGAAAAA